GUGCCUCAGAUCACACCAUUAGAAAGUGCAGUGCAAACGCUGAGGUGAGGAGGGAGCAGGAAAGGCAAGCCUAGAGACUAGAUCGCCUUGGAAGUCACUGGCCAUGCCCACUCUGCUGCUCCCGCUGCUGCUACGGACACUGCUGGCCCGCCUGCUGCUGCCUGCUGCCCGCCUGGCCCGCCGGCACUUCCUGCCCCUGCUGCGCCGGCUGGCCCACCGCCUGGGCUCUCAGGAUAUGCGAGAGGCUUUGCUGGGCUGUCUGUUGUUUGUACUCAGCCAGAGACACCCGCCGGAUGCUGGGGAGGCCUCCAGAGUGGCCCGCCUGGAGAGGAGGGACAGGCUAGCCUCCCAAAAAUGAGGCCAUGAAUCCUGGUAGCAGCUGUAUCCGCUGAAACGCUUUCUUUUGGAGUAAGACAGUCCUGGUCCCAUCACUGACUGCAGCCUGCCCAGUGGGCAGAAGACAUGGUGGGGGACUGAGCAUGAGAGGGGUCCGGCCAGGACAUGCCUCCCCACUCCCCCACUCCCAGCAGAGACGAUUGGAAGGAUGCUCUGCAUUUAGCAGAAAACCCAUCAUUAUCCCUCCCUCCCGGCCCCUGCAUUCUUCCCAAGAACUUUUCUUUUCUUUUUUUCUUUUUCUUUUUUUUUGGCCGCACAGCAUGUGGGAUCUUAGUUUCCCGACCAGGGAUCGAAUCUGCGCCCCCUGCAUUGGAAGUGCAGAGUCUUAACCACUGGACCACCAGGGAAGUCCCAUCUUUUUUUUUUUUUUUUUUUUUUUAAUUAUUUAUUUAUUUAUUUUGGCUGUGUUGGGUCUUCGUUUCUGUGCGAGGGCUUUCUCUAGUUGUGGCAAGUGGGGACCACUCUUCAUCGCAGUGUGCGGGCCUCUCACUAUCGCAGCCUCUCUUGUUGCGGAGCACAAGCUCCAGACGCGCAGGCUCAGUAAUUGUGGCUCACGGGCCUAGUUGCUCGGUGGCAUGUGGGAUCUUCCCAGACCAGGGCUUGAACCCGUGUCCCCUGCAUUGGCAGGCGGACUCCCAACCACUGCGCCACCAGGGAAGCCCAGUCCCAUCUUUUUAAUUUUUUUUCCCAAGAACUUUUCUAAUUACCUCUGGCCUGUGAGGGGAGAGGAACUGACUGUCCUCCCUCUGCCACCCCCACCCGCAGGCAAAUGGGGACAUGAGGUCCAAUGAGGGACAAUGGACAAUUUAGCUAAUCCAGACUCUGUCUUUGACUCGUGAUUUACCAAG